UACGGGAAGUGACGGAAUCUGGGUGGAGUUGACGGGCGGCGCUGUCUCUUCCUCUCCACGCGGUUGAAGAGACCGGUCGGCCCGAACGCCUUGUGCUGAAUAAUGCCGGGAAAACUCCGUAGUGACGCCGGUUUGGAAUCAGACACAACCGUGAAAAAAGUAGAGAUGCCGCGAAAGCAAGCUGAGAAGAAAAAUAGAAAAGAGAAGCCAAAAUCCAGUAAGACUGAAGAGGCAGCAGAAGAGGAAGAAACUAUUCCCCCCAAAGCUAAACAAGUUAAAAAGAAAGCAGGUCCUUCUGAGGUUGACAUGAACUCUCCUAAAUCCAAAAAGGCAAAAAAGAAAGAGGAGCCAAUUCAAGAUGACACUGUUUCUCCUAAAACCAAAAGUGUGAAAAAGAAAAAGGAACCCUUGGAAAAGAAAGUUUCUUCUCCUAAAACCAAAAAUAUAAUCAGUGAGGAGCCUUCUGAAGAAGAAAUAGGUGUUUCUAAGCCCAAGAGAAUGAAGAAAGAAAAGGAAGUGAAUGGAGAAAUAGGGGAGAAGAGCCCAGAACUGAAGAAUGGAUUCUCUCAUUCUGAACCUGACUCUAACUCCAUUGAAACUGCCAGUGAAGAAAGUAACAGUGAGAUAGAGCAGGAAAUAUCUGUGGAACAAAAAGAAGGAGCUUUCUCUAAUUUUCCCAUAUCUGAAGAGACUAUUAAGCUUCUCAAAGGCCGAGGGGUGACCUUCCUGUUUCCCAUACAAGCAAAGACUUUCUAUCAUGUCUACAAUGGGAAGGACUUAGUUGCACAGGCACGGACAGGAACUGGGAAGACAUUCUCCUUUGCCAUCCCUUUGAUUGAGAAACUUCAGGGAGAACUGCAAGACAGGAAAAGAGGUCGUUCCCCUAAGGUACUAGUUCUUGCACCUACAAGAGAGUUGGCAAAUCAAGUAAGCAAAGACUUUAGUGACAUCACAAAAAAGUUGGCAGUGGCCUGUUUUUACGGUGGAACACCCUAUGGAGGUCAAAUUGACCGCAUGCGGAAUGGCAUUGAUAUCCUGGUUGGGACACCAGGUCGUAUCAGAGACCACAUACAGAACGGCAAGCUAGAUCUCACCAAACUUAAGCAUGUUGUCUUGGAUGAAGUUGAUCAGAUGUUGGAUAUGGGUUUUGCUGAACAAGUGGAAGAGAUUUUAAGUGUUGCAUAUAAAAAAGAUUCUGAAGACAAUCCCCAAACAUUGCUUUUUUCUGCAACUUGCCCUCAGUGGGUAUUUAAUGUUGCUAAGAAAUACAUGAAAUCUACAUAUGAACAGGUGGACCUGAUUGGUAAAAAGACACAGAAAACGGCAAUAACUGUGGAGCAUCUGGCUAUUAAGUGCCACUGGAGUCAGAGGGCAGCAGUGAUUGGGGAUGUGAUCCGAGUGUAUAGUGGUCAUCAAGGACGUACUAUUGUUUUCUGCGAAACCAAGAAGGAAGCUCAGGAGCUGUCACAGAAUUCGGCUAUAACGCAGGAUGCGCAGUCAUUACAUGGAGACAUUCCACAGAAGCAAAGGGAAAUCACCCUGAAAGGUUUCAGAAAUGGUGCUUUUGGAGUUUUGGUGGCAACCAAUGUUGCUGCGCGUGGCUUAGACAUCCCUGAAGUUGAUUUGGUUGUACAAAGCUGUCCACCAAAGGAUGUAGAGUCCUACAUUCAUCGUUCUGGGCGGACAGGUAGAGCUGGAAGGACGGGGGUUUGCAUCUGCUUUUAUCAGCACAAGGAAGAAUAUCAAUUAGUACAAGUGGAACAAAAAGCGGGAAUCAAGUUUAAACGAAUAGGUGUCCCUUCUGCAACAGAAAUAAUUAAAGCUUCCAGCAAAGAUGCCAUCAGGCUUUUGGAUUCUGUGCCUCCCACUGCCAUUGGUCACUUCAAGGAGUCAGCCCAGAAGCUGAUAGAGGAGAAGGGAGCUGUGGAAGCCCUGGCAGCAGCAUUGGCUCAUAUUUCAGGUGCCACAUCAGUAGACCAGCGCUCCUUGAUCAACUCAGCUGCGGGUUUUGUGACCAUGAUCUUGCGGUGUUCCAUUGAAAUGCCAAACAUUAGUUAUGCUUGGAAAGAACUUAAAGAGCAACUGGGUGAGGAUGUUGAUUCCAAAGUGAAGGGAAUGGUCUUUCUCAAAGGAAAGCUGGGUGUUUGCUUUGAUGUACCUACUGCAUCAGUAACAGAAAUGCAGGAGAAAUGGCAUGAUUCGCGACGCUGGCAGCUCUCUGUGGCCACGGAGCAACCAGAGCUGGAAGGACCACGGGAAGGAUAUGGAGCCUUUAGGGGUCAGCGGGAAGGCAAUCGAGGCUUCAGGCGACAGCGAGAAGGAAGCAGAAACUUCAGGGGACAGCGGGACGGUAGUCGAGGCUUCAGGGGACAGCGAUCAGGUGGUGGCAACAAAAGUAACAGAUCCCAAAACAAAGGCCAAAAGCGGAGUUUUAGUAAAGCAUUUGGUAAAUAGAAGUAGAGGAUUUUUAUAGCAAAAAGAAAAUUAAGUUUGGCAACAUAGAACUGAACAUCAUUUUUCAUACAAAGUUACAGGCAUACCGUGCUUCCUUUUGACCACUUGCCCAGUCCUGUCUCUUUCGGACAGACAAGCUUCAUCUCAAUUAUUUCAUCUGAUCAUUAUCGUUUUUAACUUUAUUUCUACUUCAUUAUUAUGUUUUCCUUUUGAAAAGGUGUUGGAAAUUCAUUUCACUUUUAUUCUAAUUCAUUGUCUAUAGAUAAAAAUCAAGCAUGUAUCUCAAUACACAUUGUAAGUUGACCUGUUUUUGCACUAAAAGUGUCUCUUAAUAGUGUCCUUCCUUAAGUACUUAACAGAAUGUAACAGUCUCUGGAGGACCACUUCGAGCCUUUGGCAAUCAAAGUUCUGUAAUUGGCAUGCGUUGGCCACCUGCCAAACAAAUUACUCAUGUGGUUCUAUAACAUGUCUUCUGAGACUUAAUACCAAACAGUGAUUUGAAACAAGAUUUCAGAUUUAGCUGGGUUGUAAUACAGUUUAUGACAUUGUACGCUCUCGAUUUGUAGGAUAUAGUACAUUCGAUAUAGAUCACCCAUAGUUACUUGCAUUUUGGUACAUUUUAGCUUCUUAUAAGGUGAUUCAUGCUUCUGUGAAUUCUUCACAGAUAGGAUAUAUAGAAGUACAUUUUAAUAGAAAGCCACGGUCUUUAAGGAAUUCCAGAUUGUCGUAUGGUUCAGACUGGAAAGAAAAAAAAAAAAAAAAUAAGGAAUUCCAGAUGUAUAAGAUGGCUCCAUAGCUUUCUUUGUAAGUAAGAAGGCUGGAUAAAUGGUGCUUAAAUGACAAUGUACUCCACUUCUUCCUAUUGGAAGAUUAACUUUAUUUACCAAGAAGGAAUUAAGGGAGGGGGGUUCACAGAUGAGCAUUGCUGAAAAGUAUAUCACAAAAACCCACUGGAAAUAUUCUUCAUGUGCAAGAGGGAAACAAAUUUAUUACUGUGGAGAGCAAAGGAAGAACAAGUAAAGAUGCAUGAUUCAACAUUCUUUUAAUGGUGAAAACUUAAUGGAUCAUUAAUGUUUCUAGAGGUUAACUUCUAGUGGGUAAGAUUCAGUUUUUAGGUAGAAUUCUUCAAUUUAGUUUCUCCAAUGGCUUUGUUCCUAAAGCCACCGUAUAGGUGGCUUUUUUGUUAGACAGCUUCUCUAUUGAAAGGUUUUUAGCUGCCUAGAGACUCUUUUAAGACAAACUGUAUGGUUAUUUUAAGUUGUUGAUACGAGGGAACUGAAGAACAACACAUAGGAGCUUGAGAGUGGCAUUAUCUUCUCAUCUUAAUUCCUAGAGAUUCUGUAUUGGGAAUCCUGGAACAAACUAUGAUAGGAAAAUCAAAACUACAUGGUCUGUCUCAUUUUCGUUCAGUUCGAACAAAUAAAAUCUUUCUAGGACAUGGUUUCUCUCACUUAACCCAGUCUUUAUCUCUACCUGCUGUUUUCUUCUUUUUCUUUUCUUUUUUGGUGCUGGGAAGCAGAGGCCCGGCCAGAAGCCAGGCACGCAUCCUUCCUCUAACUGCUGUUUUCUUGAUCACCUUGCAGUAGGGGCUCUCAUAGCCAACUCAACUCCUGAUCCUAGAGGCAGCAUCCGUUUUCUAUUGGAACUUCAGUUCUAUCCUUGAAUCCUGACUAGAGGUUUCUUGCCCUCGGUUCUCAGAAUUCUCUUGGCCUUUUUCCUUGAUCCACUUGUAAAUUUUCUCAGUCUACUCCUAGUUCCUCAUGGUUUCCCAUCAAGCCACAGGGAAUUAGCAGAAGAUGUUUGGUGAUAGUACACAUAUAUUAAUACCUUGUGGGUUAUAAUUAAUUAGAUUCUGGUUUUGCCCAAAUUACAGGUAUGCUUUAAUACUUGUAUUACUACCAGAACAUUUCAUGAUUUGGUUUGGAAUGGAUACCUUAUCAAGCAGAUUAAAUGAUACGGUACCUGUCCUUUGGAAGGAAUAGCUAAAACCUUGAUGUGGGUUAUGGGUUAGCCUGAAGAAAAAUAAUCAGGCAUAAAUCAAGAGUAAUAGGGAAGAUUAUUGGGAAUUUCACUUCACAUAACUUAAUUUUAAGAAAAACAUAACUGUUUCAAUAAACGAAACUGUUUCUCUUGGA